AUGGUCUACGAUGAACGGGGCAACUUCGUGGGAGACCUUCAUUGGCAGCGAGAGAAGGACUUCGAUGAAGGCGAAGAAGUCCAGCUGGAGCGCGGCGGGGUUAUCGUACAGGUGAUGGAAUGCGUCGGUCGUCAGGAGCAAGACUUGUCCGAGUUGCUGGAUAAGAGGGCGAAAGAAAAGGAACAGCGCCAGGCACGGGUCAGGACACGUCCGGCCCCUGCCACAGCGGCACCGAAUACCCCCCUGGCUGCACCUCGUGCGCAAGACCACUUUCAGACCCGGCACCGGCCCCUAAACCACGUUCUGGGAACUCCGACUGGCCAUCAUGGCCGUGCUUUGGUUCCGCAUGAGUCUCCCUUCGAACUGCGGCAGAAGGCCAACGACAAUUCAAACGGCUGUACCGAGCCACGUCCCUCAAAAAGGAGAAGACGGGAUGUUACACCACCGAGCAAGAUGGGCUAUGCUCAGAGCUUGUUUGGUGCUACCCUGUCUUUGUCCGCUGUUCCCGUUAGCUCGGCCCCUCCACGACGGCCAGCCAAUUCUGUGUCUCGUCCACAGUCAGUGACCUCAUCUCAAGAAGUCGGACAGGAUUUGCGCCAUGUUCAGGAAGGCCGGGAUCGUUCUGAUGGCGCCGACUCGCGUGCCUGUUCUGUUAUGGAGAAACAGUUGGUACCUCCGCCCAGGUCACUCUAUGAUGAUGAUCGGAGCGCCGUGGAUGAACAUAACGUGAAGACUGGGUUCAUGUCAACGGAUCUAGGCCCCCCUCGCCCCGUGGGCACAACCCAGAAUUGUCAUCAGAGCACUACUCUGCAACCAACAGAUGCUAACAGCCGACUUUCAACCUCGUUCGGCAAUGGCAAGCCUCCAGCAAUCUUGAACGGACAAACGAUGAAUCCUCGAAGAUCUGACAAGCCAGAAACGAAACGAAACCCACAGCCGACAUCCGUAACGGAUCAAACCGAAACUGUUACCAGCAAUUGCGCAACCGUUGUCUCGGGUUUAGGAAGCUCGCGCUCGCAAGCCAUUGUCCUGAAUGAGGACCCGCACUCCGGAGCGGGUGCCGAGGCCCCGUCCUUCCAACGCCAGGAAAGACCAGGGAGCGUGGCUGAACCGCAAUACAGUCUUCCACGAAAUUCAACCAGGCUUUCAAAGCGUAACAAAUCGUUACAGUCGACAGCUCGCCCCCAGCCCGUAGAAUCGGGGGCGGUGGUGGCGGAAGAUGAAGCCGAAGAUCGGUCACCCAGCGAGGAAAGAACAGAGCUGCGGCUCAAGCCUAGGCAAAAACGUGGCCUCUUGCUUCUCUCCGAAAAGAGAGACCGGCCAAAGCAAAACAAGCGACAGAGUACAUCUGCCAGCGGGCCAAGUCUUACGGACAAACCUCUCCAGCCGCCCACCAUCUCAGCAGCCAUUGGGCCGAGCCUCACAGCCUGCCUUGGAACCACUGAUAUUGCCUCCAUUGCGCAACACGGUAACACUUUUAGCCCAUUGCCAGUUGCCCCUGAGAUCCUCACAUUGGAGCCUGACCCACCACAACCCCUCUCUCAAGGGCAUCAAGAUAUCCCACUCGAAGAUGACACCGGGUGUCAAACCACGGAUUCUACGUCGUGUAUCGCAGAUGGCGACUCAAUUGGGCGCGCAGCGAAACCAGUGGACCCACCAAACUUGGAUCAAUCGGACUCCCCGAAACGUGACCACAAUAACAUGCUCAGCAUCUAUGACCGAACGGGGAAUCUGUCACCUUCUCCACCGAAUCGGAAGUUAGCUUCAAGGGGCGAGGGGCGCGUACAUCCGCAUAACGAACCAAACCGAUCGUUAGAAUUCGAACCAGAACAACCCCCAACAAAUCUUCCUCAGGAGCCCGCAAUCCUAGGAUCCCCACGGCGGACGCGUAAGGCCAGCCCGGAUGAUCAGGGCUCGGGCCGCUUGAAGAAGAAAGCACGGAAAGAAGACUCAGCUGGGACUGGCGGUGAAGAAGUACCUCGGCCACCGGUCAAACCACGUCUCGCCAAGCUCAGUAGGAAGAGUAUCAGGAGUAGGGAGGUUUUUGGGUUUGUACCCUCCAGCCCUCCCCUCUCCAAUCUAGCGAAUCCAUUCCGGCCCACUGUGAUUCCCGAGACUUUCGAUUCGGCGGCAAAUGAAUCAACAGGAAGCCAUGGUCUUAUAGCCCCCGUGAGCAGAGUGUUUCCAGUGCCGGACGAGACGCCACUCUCUGCAAGAGACACCACCGAGGCCCAAACGUCUUUACCACGAAAAGUCUUACCCAGGGCUAUCUCACCUAUUCUCCCUCUGUGCGACACAAUUCCCGGUACUGGGUCGGGUGAAGGGGUCGUUGAGGGACCCGGAAACACAACGGUGGAAGGUUGUGUUCCUCAUCCCAGCAUCGGAGCCCCCAAAAAGGAAGCUGAUGUAUCGACGACAACACUCGGGAGAGCCAGCCAGGAGCAACCGCCUGAUAUUAUUCCCCUGCGGCCACAGUUACACGAAAAUUUGCUUGGUCCUUCAGAACAGCCUGAAUGGCCAAUGGGCGACAUUUCCAGUAUCCGGAUUGGUUCUGGUGUGACUGAAAGCACCGCCGAGCAUAUUCUAGACGCGCAAGCAGUCGGGCCUACUCGGCGCAGGAUCGCGAACCCCGCGACCCGUGGUCGUAAGGCUGCAUUGAAAUCCGACGCUGCGGGCCGAGUUCCUCAGUCAAUCCUGCCCGUAGAACCUAUUCCCGCACUCAGAGGUGUCCGGCCACCCGCGAUGCCACACCCGGAGCCUUCCACGAGCGAGCGUCCCAAAAGGAAGAUGAAGUUUCCCGGCUUUGCCUCGGCAAAAGGGGGUGGCCCUUGGAGUAGGGAGGCGCAUGAUUUGUUGGAGACUACGCGCCCUGGCUGA